CGGAAAGUGAAAGAGUAAAAACACAGUGAUUCUUACCAAGCAACACGUCGCACACACAAACACACACACACACAACUCCGGAAUCCUACAGAGAGCUAUCACAUAUCAUCAUGACUGAGUCUGCUGAGGCUGUGGCUGCCAAUGCGAGCAGCAGGAGAAAUGCCACCAUAGAGAUCACCAACCUGACAAGCAACUACUGCCUCUUCAACCCAAAAGUUUAUCUGGAUAGUGGUGAAACCUUAAACCCACCUCAGCCCACUAUACGCCCACUUAAGACUGAAGUCUGAACCUUCACAAAGACCAGUGCCCAGGCCACUGGUAGUGUGGGGGUCAUGACCUAUGACCUCUUUGAGCGAAGCAAAAAUGACUUCAUUGAGACCUUGUCCAUCAUGUUCUCGGUACCCUGGGACUUCAACUUGUUCAAAAAUUGGUUUGCAGUGGGCAUCUACCCUAAAGGGAAGGAGUGUGAUCAGGCUCUUUAUAAAGAAAUGUACUAUCAGAAGAACCAGCAUGGCUUUGUGAGGGAGGAGGCUAAUGGGUCAGGCAUUAACUAUGAGGGCAACUACCUGAACAUCAGGGCCACCAUGUGUCCUUUGGGCAAGGCCAUGAUAAAGCUGGAGGUGUGGGACAAGUUGUUUUCUCCCUUGGCUCAGCAGGCUUGCUGAGAAGAUAAACCAGUCUUUCAUAUGCAGUAACUGAAUAAGAUCAUGCAGUCCUUUAUCACAUAUUGUGCUUCUUAUAUGUCAGUUAUCAUCAAUAUUAACAGUUACUCUUAUCAUUCUAUAAAAAAUCUUCUCCCAUAACUUUCUAGCUACUCGCUUUACAGACUGCCAAUGUGCAUGUUCAUUCUGAACUAUGUAGAAAGAGAUUGUUUAAACUAGAGUAGCAUAUACAGUAUAUAUUUUCCAGCUCUGUAAUGCCCCACACUUUAAACUGUUUGCUCUCUUUGUCAGUAGCAUGCUUUAGAUGUGUGUUUACACUUUUCAUUUGAUUUCUGGUGGCUAAAUUCGCUCUCACAUUAGCCAGCCAUUGUUGGGUUGUUAUUCUGUGGCACUAACUUCCGGGUGAUUUUUUUCCACCCUCAUCAGGAUAGAGAUCCCACUGAACAAUGCACAUUGAAGCCACUGAAGAGCUUUUUUUCAAAUAAAUAUUUAUUCUGCAAUUUCAUCUUAAUACCUUUGCCUUUUUCUGAGCCUGAAGGCUCGGAGCUGUAUGUAUUUUUGUAUUUAAAAUCUCAAAUGAGUGCUGAGGCUGUCAGCUAUAAGCCAGAAACAAUCCUGUGUAAAUAUUUUGCAAUAUGUAUUUGGAAAUUCCAAAUGCCUGAAGUGGGCUUUUGAACCAUGGGAAACAGGCACAGACAGAGGAAGAUAUAAAGAAUGAAUGACAGAAAGAAAAAAGGACAGUAUAACACAAGUGGUGGGGCAAGUUUUGAAUACAUGUUUUGAUUCUUCUUGUCCUGAUGAACUCAUUCAUUAUUAGGGAUGGGAAUGGUAAGGAUUUUAAUGAUUCUGGAUCCUAUUACACUUUACAAUUUCAAUUCCUUAAAAAAAUCCAUUUUCAAUACUUGCAAAACAUUUGGGUUGUUAAGUAAACAUACUAAACAAAAUCAAUAUUAUUUUUGAUACAUUUGAAUGGUUCGAGAUUUGUCCAUCGUUUUUAUUUGUUCAUUAAAAAGAACAAGCUCAUUUGUUUGCAACUCAAACUACACUAGUCACUGUGUAUGUUUGCUGUUGCAUGCAACCAUUGCAAUAGACUGAUGUGUUAUAUACUGUAAUUAUUAUCUAUAUUAUUUUGCAGUACCAAGACAUUAAAUUCAGAUUACAAGCUCACAGCUCACUUAAAGCAUGACAUAUUUUUUUGUGGCCUAACGAUUCAGUACUGAAUAGCGUAUACAGGAAAUAUUUUCAGAGUAUUUUAGUAUGGCUGCAUAGUAUGUGAAAGUAAAUGUUCAAGAACCAGUAACGUAUCUUGACACCACUGUGACAUUUUUUGUUGUUUUUUUAUACAGCAUAGUAGGUUUUCGAUUCCCAAGCCUAUUCAGAAGGCACUGAAUAAUUUCUCUCCAGCUUACCCCAUACUGGAAAUGUAAUGUUGUGCACAAACAGUUACCACACAGUUUACAAUCAAUAAAACGUCAACGCCCAUUUAUCAGUGACACAUGUAACUAUAAUUGGCAAAGUACAGGUGUAAUCUAAUAAGCAACCAUCACUAUUUUCCCAAAUCCGGAGGGACUGACAUCUCAUUUAAUGCCCCAGCAAUCCAGUCAUCAUGGUCAAAGAGCACCAUUUGUAGUGGGCACAACUCAAGAAACUGCAGCACAUUUACUAUCAUCCUAUAAAGACAAGUUUAAACUAAGAUCUUAAUUCAAUGCUUAAGAGCCAGAGAGAUGUGCUCUUUCUGUUUCACCACAACUUCAUUUUACUACAAACCCAUUACCCUCCUUUGGAGCUCUGAUCAAAGAUUCCUUUCUCUAUCUGCUAUGGCAUUUG